GUGCAAGGGGGAAGAGUGACAGGUGGCAGCCCUUUAGGUCCGAGAGGCUUAGCAGCCAAACCCUCCCUCCGCCUGAAGACCGGGGUUGCAACUGCCCGCUUGCAAGCUUCCCGGGAAGGGGUUUUUUUUUUGCCCGGAGAGAGACCGUUCCCGCGCCCUUGGCAAUCUUCCGACGGGCCCCUCCUUCGCCACCCUCUUUCAGUUUCCAGGCCAAGUUGAUUUAUUUGGUUUGAGGAAGGGGGAAAAUGAGUCACUCCGGUUUUAGUCAAGUUAAUUUCGGCUGCCUACAACAAGCGCGGAAAAGUUCAGGUUGCAAAGAUGCCCCAUGGUAAGCAAACCCGAGUGCUCCUUCUGAACGACAUGGAGAAGCUGGACAAGACCCUCUUCCGGCUUGAACAAGGUUAUGAACUACAGUUCCGACUUGGGCCUACUUUGCAAGGCAAGCAUAUUACUGUGCAUUGUAACUACCCAUCUCCUGGAGAAGUCUUUGAUCGACACAAGUUCAGAUGUCUGUCUUGGCAUAACCCAACAGGAAGAGAAGAUGAUUCUGACAAAUACUGUAAACUAGAUCUCCAGAUUUCUGGGUCGUACCGGUAUUAUUUUAGCCAUGAAGAUCAGAAAAGUGGUGGCGGUUACAUAGUGGUUGAUCCUAUUUUGCGCGUUGGUGCUGACAAUCAUGAGUUGCCCUUGGAUUGUAUUACGCUCCAGACAUUCUUAGCUAAGUGUCUGGGACCAUUUGAUGGAUGGGAAGAUCGUCUUAAAGUUGCCAAGGAAGCUGGUUACAAUAUGAUUCACUUAACACCAGUGCAGAGACUUGGUCUGUCUAGAUCAUGUUACUCACUGGCUGAUCAGCUGGAAGUAAAUCCUGAUUUUUCAACUCCCAACCAAAAGUUUUCAUGGAAUGAACUUGGAAAACUAGUGGAAAAAAUGAAAAAUGAAUGGAAUAUGCUUUGUAUCACAGAUGUUGUUUAUAAUCAUACAGCUGCAAACAGUGCAUGGAUAACUCAACAUCCAGAAUGCUCGUACAAUCUUGUUAAUUCUCCUCACUUGAAACCAGCCUGGCUUUUGGACCGAGCCCUUUGGCAUUUAACCUGUAAAGUGGCUGGUGGCAAAUGCACUGAUAAAGGGGUGCCUCCACUGAUUGAAAAUGAGCAUCACUUAAAUAAUAUCCGUAAAAUAAUCUGGGAGGAUAUUUUUCCCAAGAUAAAAUUAUGGGAAUUUUAUCAAGUAGAUGUUAACAAAGCAGUGCAGCAAUUCAGAAAUCUCUUAACUCAAGGUGGCUCAAAAGUGAAAACAGAUCCCAGUCAGCAUCUUGUCGUUAUUCAGGAUCCUGAAUACAAAAGACUUGGUUGUACAGUUGAUAUGAACAUUGCACUAAACACGUUCAUCCCACAUAGCAAUGGACCUGCUGCAAUAGAUGAGUGUUGCAACUGGUUCCGAAAAAGAAUUGAUGAGCUGAAUGGUGAAAAAUACCGACAAACAAAUUACCAUCAAGAGCAGGCAGUCAAUUGCUUCUUGGGCACAGUGAACUAUGAACGACUGGCGGACCAUGGACCUAAGCUUGGUGCAGUAACGAGAAAGUUUCCUCUAGUUACAUGUUACUUCACUUACCCAUUCAAAGAGCUAACUCUAGAGGAAGAGGAGCUUAUGAUGCAUCAGCCUGACAAAGCGAGUUACUUUAUGGCCUAUAAUGGCUGGGUGAUGGGAGAUGACCCGCUGCGAAAUUUUGCUGAGCCAGGUUCAAAUGUCUACAUAAGGAGAGAGCUUAUUUGCUGGGGUGACAGUGUUAAGCUACGUUAUGGGAACAAACCUGAAGACUGCCCAUACCUUUGGGCUCACAUGAAAAAAUACACUGAACUUACUGCCAAAUAUUUCCAUGGAGUACGCCUUGAUAACUGCCAUUCAACACCUCUUCAUGUAGCUGAGUACAUGAUGGAUGCAGCUAGAAAAUUGCGACCCAACUUGUAUGUAGUGGCUGAACUGUUCACGGGAAGUGAGGAGCUGGACAAUAUCUUUGUGAAUAAACUGGGCAUUAGUUCUUUAAUAAGAGAGGCAAUGAGUGCCUACAACAGCCACGAGGAGGGAAGAUUGGUUUAUCGCUUUGGAGGAGAGCCAGUUGGAUCAUUUGUUCAACCACGCCUGAGACCUUUAAUGCCUGCUAUUGCCCAUGCUUUGUUCAUGGAUAUUACUCAUGAUAAUGAAUGUCCCAUUCAGCAUCGAUCUGCUUAUGAUGCCCUUCCCACCUCAACCAUUGUUUCCAUGGCCUGCUGUGCUACAGGAAGCACAAGAGGAUAUGAUGAACUUGUACCACAUCAGAUUUCUGUGGUCAGCGAAGAGCGGUUUUAUCCAAAGUGGAAUCCAGCAGCAACACCUACAAAACCUGGCGAAGCUAAUUUCAAAACUGGGAUUAUAGCAGGAAGGCUGGCUAUCAACAGAUUGCACCAAGAGCUGGGAGCUAAAGGUUUUAAUCAGGUUUUUGUCGAUCAAGUUGAUGAGGAUAUCGUGGCUGUGACAAGGCACUGUCCAAACACACACCAAUCAGUUGUAGCUGUUUCUCGAACAGCCUUCAGAAACCCUAAGACAUCCUUCUAUAGCCAAGAAGUUCCUCAGAUGUGUAUUCCAGGCAAAAUUGAAGAGGUGGUUCUUGAGGCCAGGACCAUUGAGAGAAGUGCUGGCCCUUAUAAAAAAGAUGAACAUUCAAUCAAUGGAUUACCUGACUAUACAGUUGAACUUCGAGAACACAUCCAGCUCACAGAAAGUACAAUCAUAAAGCAAGCUUCAAUUGCUACAAAAGGGCCUAAUGUAUUUGUUCAAGAGAUAGAAUUUGAAAAGCUAACACCAGGGAGUGUGAUCAUAUUCAGAGUGAGCCUUGACCCAAAGGCACAGGAUGCUGUAGGAGUCCUUCGUAAUCACCUGAUCCAGUUCAGUCCUCACUUUAAAUCUGGAAGUCUUCCUGACGAUGGUUCAGAACCUCUUCUCCAAACACCUUUCGUAAAUAUUGCAUCAAAAUUAACCCUGGCAGACCUAAAUCAGGUAUUGUAUCGGUGUGAUGCAGAGGAACAAGAAGAUGGUGGAGGAUGUUACAACAUACCAAACUGGACAUCCCUUAAAUAUGCAGGACUUCAAGGAAUCAUGUCAGUGAUGGCGGACAUAAGACCAAGCAAUGAUUUGGGCCACCCUUUUUGUGGUAACUUGAGAUCUGGAGACUGGAUGAUAGAUUAUGUCAGUGAUCGUUUAAUAUCUCGUCAUGGAGCUUGCUCUGAAGUUGGAAAAUGGCUGAAAGCAAUGUUUAUCUACUUGAAGCGAAUCCCUCGUUAUCUUGUUCCAUGUUACUUUGAUGCCAUCUUAGUUGGUGCAUAUACAACACUUCUUGACUUGGUUUGGAAGCAAAUGUCUAGCUUUGUACAGAAUGGAUCGACAUUUGUUAAACAUCUUUCCUUGGGUUCUGUCCAGAUGUGUGGAAUAGGAAAAUACCCUUCCUUGCCAGUUCUGUCUCCUGCCUUACAAGAUGUCCCCUAUAGAAUGAGUGACAUUACAAAAGAAAGAGAACAGUGCUGUGUUUCUUUAGCAGCAGGUUUACCUCAUUUUUCAUCUGGAAUUUUCCGCUGCUGGGGAAGGGACACCUUUAUUGCACUGAGAGGCUUGCUGUUACUUACUGGGCGCUAUUUGGAAGCAAGGAACAUAAUUUUAGCAUUUGCUGGUACCCUGAGACACGGCCUCAUUCCCAACUUGCUUGGCCAAGGGACCCAUGCCAGAUACAAUUGCCGGGAUGCGGUGUGGUGGUGGCUGCAGUGUAUACAGGAUUACUGUAAAGUCACUCCAAAUGGCAUUGACAUUCUCAAAUGUCCUGUAUCCAGAAUGUAUCCCACAGACGACUCCCCUCCUCUGCCGCCAGGCCAGAAGGAUCAGCCAUUGUAUGAAGUGAUACAGGAAGCUAUGCAGAGACAUAUGCAAGGCAUAGACUUUCGAGAAAGGAAUGCUGGUCCACAGAUAGACCGAAAUAUGAGAGAUGAAGGUUUUAAUGUGGCAGCAGGUGUGGAUAUGGAAACUGGCUUUAUAUAUGGAGGGAACCGUUUUAAUUGCGGGACGUGGAUGGAUAAGAUGGGAGAGAGUGAGAGAGCUCGCAAUAAAGGGAUCCCAGCAACUCCAAGAGAUGGUUCUGCUGUGGAAAUUGUUGGUUUGUGCAAAUCGACAGUUCGCUGGUUACUGGAGUUGUCUCGGAACAAUGAAUUUCCUUAUUCUGGCGUUACUGUGACAAGACAUGGGAAAAAAGAGACAAUUACAUACGAUCAAUGGAACAGAAAAAUCCAAGCACACUUUGAAAAGCUGUUCUUUGUCUCUGAGAACCCAUCAGAUCCCAAUGAGAAGCAUCCAUCACUGGUUCAUAAGCGGGGCAUCUAUAAGGAUAGCUGUGGAGCAUCAAGCCCUUGGUGUGAUUAUCAGCUACGGCCAAAUUUCACCAUAGCCAUGGUUGUGGCACCUGAAAUGUUCUCCAUUGAACGUGCUUGGAAGGCACUUGAAAUGGCAGAGCAAAAGCUACUCGGUCCACUUGGCAUGAAGACUUUAGACCCUGAUGACAUGGUUUACUGUGGUGUUUAUGACAACGCCUUAGAUAAUGAUAACUACAAUGUGGCCAGAGGAUUUAACUACCAUCAAGGACCGGAAUGGCUUUGGCCCAUUGGAUAUUUUCUUCGUGCCAAGUUGUACUUUUCCAAGCUAAAGGGUCCAGAAAUCUACGCAAAAACUGUCUUUUUGAUCAAGAAUGUUCUUUCUCGCCAUUACGUUCAUCUUGAGAGAUCUCCUUGGAAAGGUCUUCCAGAACUGACUAAUGAAAAUGGUCAAUACUGUCCUUUUAGUUGCGAAACUCAGGCCUGGUCAAUUGCUGUGAUCCUCGAGGUUCUCUAUGACUUGUAGAAGUGACUGUCGUUUUUCUUUUCUAAGCGCUAGCUAUUGUCUUGGAUGCAGGCAACUACAAUGUCACAUGGCUUUUUAAAGUGUCCUGGUUUUAGAAAUACGUUGUGUCUGCAUGUCCCAAACACUUUUAGAUGCCCGUUCUUUAGGAAUUGCAAUGUAAUUUUUAAAUUAAUCAUGAAGAAACUGAAAUGGAAACAACCAUCACUGAGAAGACUCUCAGAUAUUUAGAGCGUAAUACAAUUUUAACAAUACUGUAAAGAAUUUAAAACUCAGAAUCAUUCGCAUGCAGCAAGAUUGUAUUUUAGAGGCCUACAGAAUAACAACUUAUUUUUUAAAAAAAUCUUCAAGAUUUUUUUAGCCUCACUUUAACAAGGGGGGAUAUUACACAGGACAAGUAUGGACAAGUCAGAUUUUGGCAGGGGUAUUAAGAUUUUGCACACUUUGGUAUGCCCUUCUUGUUCCUACACAGUUAAUUGGACUGCUCAGGCUUACAUUGUCACGGCGUGCCCAUGCCAUAAGAUGUAAGAGUCUCUUUGUCUGAUGGAACCUGUUACACUAAAGGAAAUCUCUCACCAUUUACUGCGAACCUGCUUAAAUCAGUAAAAUAAUCAGAAGGGCCAUCUGUGAAUUGACACAUGGCCUUCUGAAAGCAACUACCAAUUUAGGAACCAUUUUGCAACCACCUCCGCAUGAUGGCUAUUUGUACAUCUGCCCUGAGCCAUCUGCAAGGAGGGAGUUGCUUUUUUAGCAGGAAGUUGCAAAAGGUUUCUUAAGGCCCAUUUGUUCUAGUUAUUUUCAGUAAUUCUGUUUCGAAAGCAACUGGAACUCAGUAUCCUGUGCCAUUUCAGUUAAUUGCAGUUAAUCAGCAAAUCCAGAUUAGGUGAUUGAUGUCCUCUUCUACAGAAGGAAAAGGUCAGUCAUGGUUUGAGAUGUAGUUUGGUGACAAUGCAGAUUUUGCUGCCCAUUUUUAAUUUUUGUAUGUAAUAAUAAUUUUAUAGUGUACUUUAAUAAUUUCAGCACUGUUUUAAUGUCUCUCUGCAGAAGAAAAACAUGUAGGUGAAGGUGUGUCGAGCACAUGCUUAUAGUAAAGGCAUGCAUGCAAACAAUUUAGAAAUAAUAUUAUGCUGCUAUAUCAUGGUAUGCAUUGCCUUUUAAAAGCCAUUGUUUAAUUUGUUCAUAGUGGUACUUUGAUACUAUGAAUAAUUUGAAAUACCUGAAUUGCGAACACUUGCACUGCUUUUCCAUUUAAGAAACAUAAUUAUGUGAGUGAAUUCUAUCUUAUAGUUAAGAUUAAGGAUUUCUAUUUUUUUUAUUAAUAAAGGAUAAAAUUGUACGGUAAAAAUGUAGUUUUGACAUUUCUAACCAUUUUCAGCCAUGGUAAUGAGCAGCCAAUUACUAUCUUAAGUGUUCAGUUUUCUCAUAUCUUUUUUAAAAAGCUUUUUUACAAAUUAGAUGCUAUCCAAUUUCUUUUUUAAUAACCCUGUACAAGGGGGGGGAGAGACUUUAGUUUUAAAUUGAAAGACAUACUCUUGUUGCAUUUUAACUAAGAAAAACAGUUCUGACUGCAUUUUUACAACUAUUUGCCUGGGAAUAAACCAUUUGGGGUUUACUUUUGACUAGACCUAUUUGGAUUCACUCUGUUACAUACUGGGACUGAACACCAGCAUCCAGUUUAGAAAUUAGAACCUGUUUAUAUGACCAAGAGAUUAUCUGCAUUAUACUCUUUGAAGCAAGUACCUUGGAAGGAAGUAGUUACAUCAGAGCAAAUGAAGGCGUUGUCCUUAAAAAUAACUCCACCUAAAUUAUCAUUUGGCAGAUAAUAUUGAUGAUUGUUAUCUUUUUGGCCCUAUGAAAUGGCAGAAAUUAUAGUUAGGUACAGGGGAUCCUGUUUCUAAAUUACUGUGCUUUAGUACUGAAACCUUAAUGGGUGACUCUUUGAGCCACACUAGACAUUAACCUGGCACAUUCAUCUGUGUGGAGGACAGAAGUGCCCCACUUAAAGAAGGGAAUGUCUGGGUUUUAAUAACAACAAAAAAGCUAGCCUCAGAUUGUCUCUCUCUGGUGCAUCUCACUCCCAAAGCUGUUUAUUUUCAGCCAAACUCUAGUACUAGGGUAAAAUUGCUUAAGGAACAGGUCUCCAGAGAGACAAGUGAGAGGGAACAUUCAACUACCCUAGUCUUGUAUGAGCCUUUCAUUAUUAAUAUUGGUCCCACCACAUUUUUCUUUCUUGGUUUGGGCCAGUCCAACACUGUCAGUAAUGCAUCAGUGCCUAGAUGGGCCUGGACUUUCAAGAAGUUUGAAAAAGUUACAUUUAUUUCUGGAAAAUUCUAUAUACCAUUAUGAAGUUCAGUGUGCAUAAAACUGUAUUUGUACCAAAUGUAUAUUCAUAUUAUUUGGCAAAAAAAAUCUUGAAUGGCAAAGUGUCAUCAGGUCUUCCAUUCUGUUGAAGUUUUGUUGGUUGCACUGUCUCGUCUGAAAGUCAUAUGCAUUUCUCAAGCUGAUAAUAUUUUUGUACUGUAAUGGUAAAAAUGCUUAAAUAUAUCUGUCUACAUUUAUAUACAAAUAACGUACAUAAAUAUUUUAAGUAUGUAACAAUAACAAAAAUGUAUACAUGUUAAAAUGUUAAUAUGCUUUACAAGGAAAAAAUUAAGCAUGCUGAUCUUAACUGUUACUCUUUACAUUUCCUUGGCUUAGACUUGGUUGUAGAGAAAAAGGAUAUUUUCAGAUAAAAUUGUCUAGUUUAUUACUUGGCAAUUUCAGGGAUUAAUAAUCUUAGGUUAUGCCAUGGUGGAGAAUAAAAAGAAAAUCUAGUGUGGAAAUUGUACUUAUAAUAUGUGAUAAGAAGUGUUUAUUAAGAUUGACAAAACAGCAGAUUACUAUAUACUGCAGUUUACAGUUUUCUCUAAUAGGCGUUGUAAAGUUAACAGGCACACCAGCCGUAUGGUUAGCAAAAGUUUUUUUGUAGACAGAAUGAACAAACCAGGGACACACAUCUCCUAUAAUCUACUUUAUGGCGUAACUCCUAGCAGUCCACGUUUCGUUCUCUUAACAAUGGAGCGAGGCCAUCUGGCAAUCACAUCUGUACACGUUUGCUUCACAGCUCAAAAAGCUUUGCGGUGUUCAUUUCAUUUGUGUUUAUCAAGCCUGGAAAUCAUUCAAAAGCGAGUCAUGGGAAUACUGCAUGUGGUACAAUGAGAGGUGUAACUGUUGCGCAGAAAAGUCCUGUGUGUCCGGCCCAAUUAUUUUUGUAUUCUUCUGCAGUUAGUUAUGAGUGACAUGCAAUAAAGUCUGAACAAAACAGC